UCAGAGUUUCAGUUUUGUGUACGGAAGUUGUCCGCAGGUCUUGAGGUCAGAGAGUAAAGGCUCUUUCUGCUGGGACUACACACACACAGCCAUCUUGGAUCAAACGAAGUGAAGGGAGAUUAAUGCGGUGACAAAAAAAGACAUGUUUGGCUCUAGAAAACCCUUUCCAGAUUUCGGGGACGGAGUCGACAACGACUUGGCUGAUGAGAUGUACUACAGCCAGCAGUCGAUGUUCCAUAGAUCGGACAAAGAUAUGUUGUCCUCUCCUUCACCGUCGUCGUCCAGUCAGUUGUCGCAGCUCGGUGUUAGUUUGUAUGGUCCACAAAGUGCAAUCGGCUUCCCUGUAAGGAACAUGGGAAACAGUACGCCUCAGUUAAACCGAAGUCUAACACAAGGGUCGCAGCUAGCAAGUCAUAUCACCCCUACAACAGGUGUUCCCUCCAUGUCGCUACACACACCUCCAUCGCCCAGCAGGGGAACGUUAUCGCUGAAUACGAGGAACAUCCUGAACCACUCACAGGGCAUAGGGUUAACCGGCAGGACCAGCAGCAUGGGCAGCUCAGGACUAGGAAGCCCUAACCGCAGCUCCCCAAGCAUCAUCUGUAUGCCCAAACAGCAGCCAGCACGGCAGCCCUGCACCAUCAACAGCAUGUCAGGGUUCGGCAUGAACCGCAGUCAAGGUUAUGGGAUGAACAAUUCAUUAUCGAGCAACAUCUUCAAUGGCACAGAUGGGAGCGACAACAUUAUGGGACUGGAUCUCUCAGACUUCCCUGCAUUAGCAGACAGGAGUCGAAGAGAAGCUGCUGGAAAUCCAACACCAGCGCUCAACCAGCUGGCUGGACGUCCUAAUUAUGAAGUUGGCAUGGUGACAAAGCCUUCGACCGAACAGACACAGGACUUCUCCAUACAUAACGAGGACUUCCCUGCACUGCCUGGGCCAAACUAUAAAGACCCCACAUUGAACAAUGAUGACAGUAAAACUAACUUGAACUCAACAAGCAAGAGCACAUCUAGCACAGAUGGGCCGAAGUUCCCUGGAGACAAGACAACCUCAGCACAGAACAACAACCAGAAGAAAGGGAUCCAGGUGUUGCCCGAUGGUCGGGUGACGAACAUUCCCUCAGGAAUGGUAACGGACCAAUUCGGCAUGGUGGGCCUCCUGACAUUUAUCCGGGCUGCUGAGACUGAUCCAGGGAUGGUGCAUCUGGCACUAGGAAGUGACCUCACAACACUGGGACUCAACUUAAAUUCACCAGAAAACCUAUAUCCAAAGUUUGCCUCUCCCUGGGCGUCGGCACCAUGUCGACCUCAAGACAUUGAUUUUCAUGUUCCAUCUGAGUAUUUGACCAACAUCCAUAUAAGGGACAAGUUAGCUGCCAUUAAGUUGGCUCGAUAUGGUGAAGAUCUGUUGUUCUACCUGUACUACAUGAAUGGAGGGGACUUACUUCAGAUCCUGGCAGCGGUGGAGCUCUUUAAUCGGGACUGGAGAUACCACAAAGAGGAGCGGGUUUGGAUAACGAGGGCGCCCGGCAUGGAGCCCACACUCAAGACCAACACCUAUGAGAGGGGCACCUACUACUUCUUUGACUGUCUUAACUGGAGGAAAGUAGCCAAGGAGUUUCAUCUGGAAUAUGACAAGCUGGAAGAAAGGCCUCACGUGCCAUCAACAUUCAACUACAAUCCAGCCCAGCAGGCCUUCUAAGGCCCGAACAAUCCAAAGGCUACAGCUGUUCCCGCACACAGCACCGCUGUUCAGGAGGGGGCGCUGUGACGCACACAGUUUGGGUUUUUAUUCCUGGAGGUUUUGGCUUACGGACUGCAGGGGUCUUCAUCGUCAUUAAAACUGUCCUGCCUGUAUCAAUUUACAUUCUGCCAGAAAAACACACUUGUUCCAUUUUUAUUCUCUGUUCUCCCGUUGCUUUUUUUUUCAUUGUCUUUUGAGCAGGGUCUGUGUUAUGUUUACGUCUCUAAAGCCUGUUUACUACCAGAGAGGAGGACAAACUGUUAUGUAGGACUAUAACAGAACAAAGGUCCAACCUUUUAUUUACAGCAAGUUUUCAGAAGACAGAAAGGUGGAGAGAAAAAAAGCAAAGCUGACAUCCUCAAACAAAAGUGAAGGGAUGAAAGAAAUGCAAUGUUUAUUGUUGCACUAUAUUUAGUAAUAAAAGACCACAAAAUUUGUUUGUGCUUUUUUAUAUCAACACUCCCAUCACACAUUUUCAUCUUUUUUUUCAUCUCGGAUCUGGUUUCUGCAUCACCUUCCUCCUAACAGACUCUUCCCGUUUCAUCAAACCACAUCAGUUCCUCUGACUUCUCCACCUAAGCCAUCGGUUUUCUCCAUCUCCGUGUGCCGGCAAAACAUGGACAUAAACCCUGAGAAGCAACUUCAUUCUCCACAAACAUGGAGAAAUCCUCCCAGAGGUUAAACAAAUAACACGACUUGGCUCGAACAAGUGAAACACUUUCCAGUCUUUGUUACAAUAUUUGUAAAGAAAAUGUGUACAUUGUUUUGCAUCACAUAAACUAUAUGUACGAAUGUGUAUAUAUGAUUGCUACAUAUAUAUAUGUCUGUAUAUAUAUAUAUAUUUACAAUAUCUAUUUUGAAAGAAAUUUUGCCCUGCCUUGUACUUUGUUGGUUUUUUUAUGAGGCGAGCAUGGAUAUGUGGAUGUACAAAAUUUUCUUGAACUGCUGGACAGUGUCAUUUUGGCACUUACAUCAAAACAAUACUAAUAAAAUGUUUAUAAAGGAAA